AUGCCUAAACUCCAGACAUUGAAAAUCAUUUCCGUGCUAAUCAUGGCAUUAGCCAUAUUCUGUACGUACAACUGGACGCGCACUAAAGUAGCCGUUAGAGACCUACUGUAUCUGACCAGGCCCAUAUGGGACGGGCACCAAGGGAGGCCCUUCAAUACACUACCACAUUAUUACACGAAUGGUCUGAAUUCAACGCAUUUGUGUGAACUGCACGGUUGGCAGAGGAGGGCACAGAAGGUCCAAGUGAUCGAUACAAUCAUCUUCUCAAUAGAGUUGGACUUAUUGGAGAUCCGACUCAAACAGUUGUGGCCUUUCGUCGACCACUUCAUCGUCUUAGAGGCCGACAGAGGGUUCACCGGACGACCCAAACCCCUGUAUCUGAACCGGAGUUUGGAUCGGUUCUCGUGGGCUAAAGACAAACUCAGAUACCAUUCCUACGGGGGUUUGACGGCACUAAUGCCCGGGGAGGGGCCCUGGAAAAACGAGGCGCAAAUGAGGGACAUUUUGAACGACAUUGUCGCCAAAUAUGCCCGAAAUGGUGAUGCGAUCAUCUGCUCAGACGUGGAUGAGAUACCGUCCCGACAGACGGUGCGACUGUUGAAAGAUACGGAUGACAGCUGGAGGGCUCACAUAGACAUCUAUGACCACGAGUUUAAUUAUAGACACGGAAGGCUGUCGGACACCCAGUUGGCCGAUUCGGGUUGGCAUUGCUCAUUUUGUUUCCGACAUAUCUCGGACUUUGUAUUUAAAAUGACUUCGUAUUCACAUAAUGAUAGAGUAAUUGAUGAGAAAGUGUUGGACAAGAAUGAGAUCCAGAAGAAGAUAUGCAAUGGAGAAGACGUCUAUGAUAUGUAUCCAGAAGUGUAUAGUUUUAAGGAAAUGGUGUUGAAAUUUGGUGCCAUUCCUGAGUCCAAAACGAUGACUAAUUUGCCAAAACAUUUGAUCCAAAAUCCGGGAAAGUUUAUAUUUUUGUUACCCAAUGGCUGUAUUCGCGAAGACUUUAAUCAAUAG